CAGGCAAAGAACAGUACCUUCAUUUUGGUGCACAUGUAACCGACUUGACCUCCGGCUGGGGUACAAUUAACGCUCUCGGUUUCUUUUGCUCGCUUAUUCGUUGUCAGUAGUGUCAGAGUAGAUCGAGCGGUUGAUCGUUUUACAAGUACCACAGGCAUCAGGUGAGUUCUCAUUGCUGUGUUCAGGUAGUUAAGUGUAAGGCUGAUGGCUGCGGUGUCGGCGGUGUCUCCUGUCUCUGGGCCUGUGGAUACUCGGCCACCUGAAGACGACAUCGAAGGAGACGACGAUGAUGACCUAGAUGAAACCAUGAUGGAGAGGCUAUGGGGAUUAACAGAGAUGUUCCCUGACACGCUGCGCUCAGCAGCAGAAGUAUCAGCACAGUGCUCGCUGUCCCUUGCGAAAAAAGUUUACAGCUUUUCCCGCACCGCUCUGUGGAUCGGCACCACAUCAUUUAUGAUCCUGGUUCUUCCCGUCGUGUUUGAAACAGAGAGACUACAGCUGGAACAGCAACAGCUACAACAACAGAGACAGAUCCUGUUGGGGCCAAAUGCGGGAAUUUCUGGUGUCAUUCCAGGAAUGUCACCUGUUGCUCCUGGAAAGGUCUGAAGAAAUGUCUCAUACCUUAUCCUUAAGUUGCAGUUCACAGGGGACUUGGAAAAGAGUCAUCACAAUGGAGAAGAAGAGGAGACAUGAGCUGGCUUCUUUUAUGAAAUCAGUCAUUCAAUUUCCAGUGUUUUUUUUUUUUGUUUGUUUUUUUUGUAUUUACAUGUAUAUCUUUGUUUGAACAUGCAUUAGUCAAAAAAAAUUGAGGGUUAAAUUUUGAAUGUCUUGCCCAUUCAGAAAGAUUAAAGGAUUUGGGCUGUCUGUCAUUUCUUAUGAAUGUUUAAGGCUCCUAAGUAAGAGUUAUUUUAAUUCAUGACAAAGUGGAAUCGGUAUGAAUAUAACAGCAAACGGCAACAGAUUAUCUUGUAUAUUCUUUAAUCAAAAUGUCUAUUGCUACAGAAGGUCAGAAACAGAGAAGGGCCUAAAUGAUAGAAAGGCAUCGUGCAACAUCUGCAACACCUCCAUAGAAAGUCCUUCUUCUCUGCUCCUCCAGAAAGUCUUUAGAAUAUCAAUGUAUAUCUAAUGUCUUAAAAUUAAACAAGAAAAAACAACAA